UUUCCUCAGGUGUACUUUGACCUGCGAAUUGGAGAUGAAGACGUAGGCCGGGUGGUCUUUGGUCUCUUUGGAAAGACUGUCCCCAAGACAGUGGAUAACUUUGUGGCCUUAGCUACAGGAGAGAAAGGAUUUGGCUACAAAGACAGCAAAUUCCAUCGUGUAAUCAAGGACUUCAUGAUCCAAGGUGGAGACUUCACUAGGGGAGAUGGCACAGGAGGAAAGAGCAUCUAUGGGGAACGCUUCCCAGAUGAGAACUUCAAGCUGAAGCACUACGGGCCAGGCUGGGUGAGCAUGGCCAACGCAGGCAAAGACACCAACGGCUCCCAGUUCUUCAUCACUACAGUCAAGACAGCCUGGCUAGAUGGCAAGCACGUGGUGUUUGGCAAGGUUCUGGAGGGCAUGGAUGUGGUGCGGAAGGUGGAGAACACCAAGACGGACGGCCGGGACAAGCCCCUGAAGGAUGUGAUCAUCGCAGACUGUGGCAAGAUCGAAGUGGAGAAGCCCUUUGCCAUCGCCAAAGAGUAGGGCUCCAGGGACUUCCUCCCUUCAAGCGACCAUCCGCAGGCCCCGUUGCCCUCAUGGGGGUGAAGAUCGCCUGCCACAGGGCCCUGCUGCCCUGGGCCUAGUGCCGCCACACCCCCCACAUUCCACAGGCCCACAGGCCCAGUUUUGUGACAAACUCCUGCUGACACUGACCAAUAAAAACGAUGUGGGUUUUUUACAGCCUA